AUGAGACGGAACGGAAUUCCUGACGCCCAAAUCGAGUGUCGGCGUUUGCCGACGCUUGAUUUGGGCGUCAUCAACAAACAACUCCCACUCUCUCAACCACCACCAUCAUCCACGACGCCAACCCACCUCGCGACACCGCCACGUCACCAACGGCCACCACGACGCACACAACAACGACGUGAGCACCCCCCAUCCCAAGCUCGUCCCACCCAGCCUGCUAACACCAGGCACACGACGAGGGACAACCACGUCAACGCACGACCACGACCACCACGCCCACAGACGACGACACGCCUCACCACGUCAACGGAGGGCCACGCCAACAAACGACACGCCCACGACGACACCACCACCACGUCAACGGGCGACGACCGCGUCAACGGACACCCACGUCAACGGACGACGACGACGUCAACAGAUGACGAGCACGUUAGUGGACGACGAGCGACCACCGCCACGUCAACAGACGACGACGACGAAGCCAACGGACGACGACAACGCCAACGGACGACAACGCCAACGGCCGACGACGACAACGCCGCCAACAGACGACAACGCCAACGGACGACGUCGACGCUGCCAAUGGACGACCACGUCAACGACGACGAGCGUGUCCCGCUCCACCACGUACACACGGCGACAAUAUUGGAUUCCUGUCGAUUCCGGCCGGAAUUCCAGGAUUCCGGCCGGAAUCUAGGGAUUCCAGUAGGAAUCAGUGGAGGAAUGGAAAGUAUUGCACUCGCCCAACAGUGCGAGACGAUGAUCCAAGAAGCUACCCUCCAUUUGCCCACCCAUUUCGUGGCGGAUCCCUUCAUUGCCGUCAUAAAAAAUUUUCUCCCACCGUCAAAGACAAGCAAACUGGACCUCACGCAGAAGACUAACCCAACUAACCCUGGCCACCAAAUUGCCAUGAUGAUGCCAGGACCUCACAGCAAGAGACUGAACGACCUGGACAGGUUGAAGACUGCAGCUGUGACUGCUUUGGGGCACCACGCUCCUCCAGAUAUGCUGGUUGAGCCCGCUGCACCCAAAGUCACGCAAAAAAGAAAGUUGGAAAGUGCCGAGUUGGAGACCGACAAGGAGGCACCCUUGACAAAGUCAAAAAAGGGGAAAGGUAAGGGGCGAGUCAAGGCAAAAAGUGCCGAGGUUGUGGAGAGCGAUGAGGGCGGGGAGGCGCCAGUGACAAAGGAAAAGGGGAAAGCUGUUGUGUGGGUGGAAAUUGAUGAGGAGGUGCCUGCAGUGAAGAAGAAAAAGGAGGCAAAGAGGGCACAAGUCAAAGAGGAUGAUGAUGAAUACGAUGACGAAGAGGAUGCGCUCAAAGGCAAAAAGAAGGCACCUGAACUCUAUGACCUCAUACCAGCGAAAGAAGUCCAGCUGAAGAAGAACUUGGUGCUCCAUUUCCUCACUGAUCCCACCAAUCCCAUCAUCUGGGAUUCCACAAUGCUCCAGCAAGCCAUUGACAAUAAGGAGUUUGAGCCGCCAAAAACAACUGAUCACUAUGUGAAAGAAGCUUGGCUGUUGGAGAGGGAUGAGAAGGAGGCUGGGGCACCCCGAAAGAAAGGAGGGAAAGGUGGAAAACAGGGGCCGUUUUAUUGGGGCCCACAUGACCAACUCGAUUUCGAAGGGCCAGUUUUGUUCAAGUAUGCCUAUGACCCAGAGAGGAAUCCAAUCGAUGAGAAUGGCAUCAGGAGGUACCUCGUCAUGGAUGUGUUUGCCAUGCCAUGCACCAAGUGCACCACUAUGAAGAAGCCUGCUUUUUGCUGGUGGGGAGCCAACACCUUUGGGAAGGAUCACCAUUGA